CCUUAUAUUCUGUCAUCACGGCUGUUAGCUCUUGAGAGGUCGUUAGUAAGGUUUGUUUUUACAGCAGUGAGGACCAGUGUAAACAUUAAAAAUGACAUCCAAGCCCACGUGCCUUAUUGUGGCCAGUGCAUCGCCUCAAGGGGUCUCAGCGCGGUCCUUCCAGCAGUGUUUCUCUCUCUGUAGUCCUGUGUUUAACCUGCAAACAGCUACACCUGGGGGCAAAACUAUUGACUUCGUCGGCAUUGAUGAAAACUCGGCUCGAUGGGUUCAGGAUUUCAGCGUCAAACCAUAUGCCACUCCUGCCAAACUGGAAUCUAUUGAUGGUGCCCGCUACCAGGCUCUCCUGAUCCCAGACUGCCCAGGAGCUUUAAAGGACCUUGCUCACAGUGGCUCACUGGCACGCAUCCUCACACACUUCACCUCUCAGAAGAAGCCUGUGUGUGCUGUGGGACAGGGGGUUUCUGCACUUUGCUGUGCCAUAGAAGGACAGAAAUGGAUAUUUAAUGGAUACAGCCUGACUGGACCCUCUGUGUUUGAGCUGGUGCGCUCCCCAGAUUUUGCCAACCUUCCUCUGAUUGUAGAAGACUUUGUGAAAGACAAUGGCGGAUCCUACACAGCCAGUCAAGAAGAUGCACUGCAUGUGGUCCUGGACCGUCACCUAGUGACCGGUCAGAAUGUUCAGUCCACCACAGCUGCAGUCAACAACCUGAUCCUGCUGUUUAACAGCAGGUAAAAUCCCUUGCCUGUCCGGAUGCCCAGCACCAAUGAUACUGGGAUACUUUGAAGGGAAACCAAUCACUUCAAAACAUUCCCGCUUUUGAAAUCAAUUUUGUCGUAAUAUAAUCAAUAUAUGCCAAUCAAUGAAUAGACCCUGGAGAUGAUUAAAGAUAUGGCAGACAUCCUGGAGAAUUUAGAAUUUAUAUUUUGUGUAGUAGUUUGGAAUGAACUUAAGUUGCUAAAAGACUAAAAAACAUCUAGUUUACCAAGUAUAGAGUACCAGAUUGCUAAAAAAAAGUUACCUGGAAAAUUACCUCAAAAGCAGUGCAGUGUUAAAUUUGAGCAGUCCAGUGAUUAGUAGCUGUUUAUACAUUUAGGAACUGUAGCCUGGUGUCCGUGUGAAGCAGUGUAAAUUACAGUGUGUAUUAUUAUUCAAAAUAUAAAUAUUGCAAUAAUUCAUCAGUAUCUGUGAUUGCAUCCUGCCUUGAGGUGAAAUAUCAUAAAGAAGUGAUUACUGAAAUUGCAUUAAUUACAGUAUUGUACAUACCCUGCAGUUAAAGAAUGCUGAUGAAACGUAUAUGGUCAUUGAUUUCUUUGAAUGAAUGAAUGAAUGAAUGAAUAAAUAAAAUUUCA